AUGUCCUACAAAAACAACUACGAACUAUGGAACCCGGCCUUGGCCACUCGGCGGCCAUCGCAAAUGUCAGAAAUCGAUAUUAUCUUGGCACAAACAUACCCUCAUGUGGCCAUGCUCCCAUACUCUUCCUGCUGCCACUGCUCCUACGAGGAAGAAGAGGAUGAGACCAUGAGCCCAUCCAGCGGCAGCACUUUCAUGUCCGACGAAUCCAUCCGGUCGACCAGCACACAACAUAGCAAUAGCAACGGAUGCGCUGGCAGCAACAAACGCACCAAGAUUCGGUCACGCCUGCGGAAAAUCUUCAAAAAUUCAUCGCGAUCCAGCUGA